AAGAGGGGAGUAGUGAGGCCACUCUGGAGACAGACAAGUAAACCACACCUGCCAUUAUCAUUCCUCCGUUACUUCUCUUUUACUUGGAUCCUUCCUUCCCCCUUUUUUCCUCAUUUCCACCGAUUCGAAUCAUUUGUCUCUCUCUCUUUCUUGAUCUGUGAUUUCCAGAAAAAAAUAAUUGAGAACCUAAUUUCAAUACAACAAUAUCGAUCGAAUUUGUAAUCGAUCAACUGAGCGCGGCGGUGGUGACGACGAUCAGCGGCUAUGGCUUCCAAAACUAAAACUAGUUUGUCCGAAACUACUAGUACUACUACUACUACACCGGGGAAAUCAUCAUCACCUGCAACUCCAAGAGUAUCAAAAUUGACUAGUAGCAGCAGGACCGCAGUCAAUAAAUCCGAUACUAAUAAUAAUAACUCUCCAUCUACUACUAGUACUACUCCACAUUCACGCCUCUCACUUGAUCGCUCUUCCCCACAUUCCAAGUCUUCCACUGAGAGACGCUCCCCAAAGGUUCCUACUCCUCCCGAGAAAACUCAAUCGCGGAUAGUGGUGAAAGGAUCAGAAACGCAGAACCGGUUGAGUCAAAUCAAAGAAGAUUUGAAGAAAGCCAACGAGAGGAUAACUUCCUUAGAGAAGGAGAAAGCCAAAGCACUUGAUGAACUCAAAGAAGCUAAAAAAGAGGCUGAAGAAGCUGCUUCGAAGCUAGACGACGCUUUAAAAGCUCAGAAGCAUGUCGAGGAGAAUUCUGAGAUCGAGAAGUUUCAGGCUGUUGAGGCAGGGAUCGAAGCUGUUCAGAACAGUGAAGAAGAAUUAAAGAAAGAGCUUGAGAGUCUCAAGAACCAACAUGCUUUAGGUUCCGCUGCUCUUGUUUCUGUUAGACAGGAGCUUGAGAAGAUCAACGAAGAACUGGCUUUGGCUAAUGAUGCUAAGAGUAAGGCCCUGAGCCAAGCUGAUGAUGCUAGUAAGACUGCUGAUAUCCAUGCUGAGAAAGUUGACAUUUUGUCUUCGGAGUUGACUCGGUUGAAAGCUUUGCUUGAUUCAACACGAGAAAAGACUGCUAUUUCGGAGAACGAGAUGGUUGCUAAGCUUGAAGAUGAGGUUGUGGUUUUAAAAAGAGAUCUUGAGAAAGCGAGAGGUUUCGAAGCAGAGGUUCAAGAAAAAGAGAUGAUCAUCGAGAAGCUUAACGUUGAUCUAGAAGCUGCUAAGAUGGCAGAGUCUUACGCACAGAACUUGUCUGACGAGUGGCAGAGCAAAGCCAAAGAAGUGGAGGAACAGCUUGUAGAAGCUAACAAGAUGGAGAGAUCUGCUUCUGUGUCUUUGGAAUCUGUGAUGAAACAGCUCGAAGGAAGCAAUGAUAAGUUGCAUGACAUGGAAACUGAAAUCACUGAUCUUAAGGAGAAGAUCGUGACAUUGGAGUCGACAGUUGCUAGUCAGAAGGAGGAUCUUGAGGAAUCUGAGCAACGGUUGGGUAGUGCAGAAGAAGAAUUAUCUAAAGUUGAAAGAGAAGUAGAGAGUUUGAAGAGUGAGCUUGAAACUGUGAAGGAGGAGAAGAAUCGGGCUUUAAAGAAGGAGCAAGAUGCUACUUCAAGAGUUCAAAGGCUCUCGGAAGAGAAGAGUAAGCUCUUGUCAGAUCUAGAGAGCUCAAAAGAGGAAGAGGAGAAGAGUAAGAAAGCAAUGGAGAGUUUAGCUUCGGCGUUGCAUGAAGUUUCAAGCGAAGGAAGGGAGUUGAAAGAGAAGUUGUUGAGUCAAGGCGAUCACGAGUAUGAAACACAGAUAGAAGACUUGAAGUUGGUGAUUAAAGCUACUAACGAGAAGUACGAGAAUAUGCUUGAUGAUGCAAGACAUGAGAUAGAUGUUCUUGUUAGUGCAGUCGAACAAACUAAGAAACAUUUUGAGAGCUCAAAGAAGGAUUGGGAGAUGAAAGAAGCCAAUUUGGUGAAUUACGUGAAGAAAAUGGAAGAAGAAGUUGCUUCAAUGGGGAAAGAAAUGAAUAGGUUGGAUAAUUUGCUGAAGAGAACCGAGGAAGAAGCUGAUGCAGCAUGGAAGAAAGAAGCUCAGACGAAAGACAGUUUAAAAGAAGUGGAAGAAGAGGUCAUUUAUCUUCAGGGAACUCUUGGGGAAGCAAAAGCAGAAAGCAUGAAGCUAAAGGAGAAUCUGUUGGAUAAAGAAACUGAGUUUCAAAACGUCAUUCAUGAAAACGAGGAUCUGAGGGCGAAAGAGGAUGUUUCUCUGAAGAAGAUAGAGGAGUUAUCGAAGUUACUCGAGGAAGCAACAUUGGCCAAGAAACAACAACCGGAAGAAGAGAAUGGCGAGCUCAGUGAGACCGAAAAGGACUAUGAUUUGCUACCAAAAGUGGUUGAGUUUUCUUCUGAGAACGGUCAUAGAAGUGUAGAAGAGAAAUCUUCUAAAGUAGAAGAAACCCUCAAUCACGAAGCUUCUUCUCAAGAGCAGGUCAGCAAUGGCAAUGGCAAUGGAAACAGCAAUGGCAACGGUAUGGAGGAGAAGGAAGUGAAUGGAAAACACGAGGCAGAAACAGAGAAGAAGGAGAAGAAAGAAGAAUCACCAGAUGAUGACAAAGAUGAUUCUGUUGAAGUUAUAUUCAAAAUGUGGGAAAGUUGCCAAAUCGAGAAGAAAGAAGCUUUCCCUGAAAAGAAAUCAGAACUAGAGUCUCAAGAGGAAGAAGAAGAUUUAAGCAAAAUCGAUGAAAGCGACAAAACUUCAACAGAGAACAUUGAUGAAACCGGAAACGCUUUAACCGCAGAUCAAGAACAGCUUAUGAUGGAGAAGAAGAUCAAGAAGAAGAAGACUUUACUUGGUAAAGUUGGGAAUCUUCUCAAGAAGAAAGCACCCGUAAACCAGAAAUAACAAACUCUUCGAGAGGUAAGAAAACAAAAAAAAAAGUAAAUCUUAUCAUGUAAAACAUAUAUCUGUAUACCCUUUUUUUUAUUUCAUCAGUGUUCUUUAUAUAUUAUUUGUUGGUUCUUGACCAUUCUUUCUUCUUUUCGAACAAUGUUUUCACCAUCUUUGUUUAUAAAGGUUUGCGUUUUUCUUUUA